AUGACAUAUCAAUUCUUCAUGUCAUUCCUUCCAGUCCCUGCAUCCCCCAGACAAGCGUUUCCUGACGUACCACCACGCAAGCACAAGCACAAAGCACACGAGCACGAGCAAGAGCAGGAGCAGCCGCAGCAGGCGACUUCAGCAGACGCGUCACAGGCGGAGAAGGGCGAAGCAGAACGGGAUAUUCGUUCGCAUGGAGCGGACUCACGGACAGCAGCGGAACAUGCACCACCAAGCACUCAAUAUACACCAGGGGAAGGAAUCUCCGCACCCCCGCAGCAGUUUCUCCACGUGCUCUCCGCGGAUGUGCCUGCGUGGGUGGCGGAGAGGGCGAGCGCUGUCUCGCCAGAGGUGGUGGCGAUCGCAAGUGUGUACUUUGUGCAGGGCGUGCUGGGGCUGGCCCGCCUGGCUGUUACCUUCUUGCUCAAAGACGACUUUGGGCUUGACCCUGCUGAGGUAGCGGUGCUGUCAGGUCUCUCCUCUCUCCCGUGGCUCAUUAAGCCAAUCUACGGAUUCAUCAGUGACGGCAUCCCUCUCUUUGGCUACCGCCGGCGCUCCUACCUCGUGGCAUGCGGGCUGCUAGGGUCUGUGGCGUGGGGUGCGCUGGCAUUGGUGGUGGGGGAUAAGUACUCUGCUGUCGCCAUGAUCCUGCUCUCCUCGCUCUCUGCUGCUGUUUCGGAUGUGGUGGUGGACUCCAUGGUGGUGCAGAGGGCGAGGGGCGAGUCACAGGCCACAUCAGGCGGGCUGCAGUCACUGUGUUGGGGGUCGUCAGCAGUGGGGGCUGUGCUCUCUGCGUAUUUCAGCGGCUCGCUGAUAGAGAAUUACGGCACAAGGUUUGUGUUCGGAGUGACAGCCCUGCUGCCUCUCAUCACCACUGCUGUCGGAUUCUACGUCCCAGAGGAGAGAGUUACCACAAGCACUAGGGUUACCACCAACAAGGAUAGUACAACCACUGGCACAGCAGCAAGAGGGAUUGGGGGAGAGCUUGAAAUUUUAGGAGAAGGCCGAGAAAAAGGAGGAGACAGAGUAGGGGAAGGAGGAUGGGAAGGAGGAGCAGUGGGAGGAGUGGAAGGAGGAGGGGUGGGAGUGGUAGCAGCAGGGGGCGGAGCAAGGGAGACGUGGGCGUGGGCGUGGGGACAGGUGGUGUUUCUGUGGGAGACCAUUCGGCAGCCGGCCAUUCUGCUGCCCACCACCUUCAUCUUCCUCUGGCAGGCCACCCCGCACUCUGAGACUGCCAUGUUCUUCUUCACCACCAACGAGCUGGGCUUUGGCCCUGAGUUCCUGGGUCGCGUCCGUCUCGUGACAGCCCUGGCCUCGCUGGCGGGGGUGGGGGUGUUCAACUUCUACCUCAAAGAGGUGCCGCUCAGGAAGCUGUUCCUCUGGACCAACAUCGCUGGAGCACUCCUGGGCUCAACACAACUACUCCUUGUCACCGGUCUGAACCGCUCUCUGGGAAUCAGCGAUCAGUACUUUCUGCUGGGGGACUCCCUCAUACUCACCGUGCUGGGUCAGUACUUCCUGCCGGGGGUCUCCCUCAUACUCACUGUGCUGGGGCAGGUGAGACUCGGGGCAGGUGAGACUCGGGGCAGGUGA